AUGUCAAGCCUGAAGCGUGAAUCGCCAGAUGAUCAGGACUCGGAUGGAGCCAGCAGCAGUGGCUAUGGAUCUAUUGUCUCGAGGUCACCGUCCCCGGAGACAGCACAUAGCUCCACGCAUGCUGGCAAGCGCCGAGCUGUGACUCCCGACUACGGCCAGCAAUUGCCUAUAAAGGCCGAUAAUGUCGGUCAGCGACUGCUCGAGCGUAUGGGAUGGCAAGCAGGCCAAGGGUUAGGCCUCAAUGGACAAGGCCGGAUUGAGCCUAUCCAGGUCGUCUACAAGGCCGACCUCAUGGGUCUCGGCAAGGUCGAGCUCGAACGAGACAUGCUCGACAAUGCCUCCCUCAGGCAGCGCACGCUAGAUUCGAUCAAGCUGGCUCGCGAGACGGACGAGCAAAGAGCAGCGAGAGAAGCCAGGGUCGCUCGCGAAGCUGCGGUGAAAGCAGAAAUAGUCUCGGCCAUCGAGAAGUUCCACUGUCAGCUAUGCGACAAAGCAUAUGUCAACGUGCGGCAAUACGACGAGCAUCUCAACUCAUAUGACCAUCACCACAAGAAACGCUUCCUCGAGCUCAAGGCAGAAUCACGCGCUGCUGCUGCCGUCUCCGGCCAGCUCGACAAACGCAAGGAGAAAGAGCGCAAACGCGAGGAGCGCGAGUUCGCUCGCCUCGCGCAAGCUGCUGGCGUCAUGCAGUCUCAGCCUGUGCAACCCAUUCGCGCGAUAGCUACAGAGAACGCGAUGACUGCCGCCGCACCUGCGCAGAAAAGCUCCGGCGGCUUCAAACGCAUUGCAGUGACGGUACCUGUUCGAACUGCACCGUUGCAUUCCGACAGCAGUGUCUCGGCGCUUGAUACAAAGUCGCCCAUCACAACGACUCCAAGUAGUACGGCAGCCGAACCGGUCGCGGACGCAGCGGUAGCAUCUACAGCGCCGACAUUUCGACCAUCAGCUUUCAGAAGGAUACCUGCAGUUGCGCCUCGAGCGCAGCCUGAGCUCCCCACGGCGGAUCAGUGGCGGCCACCGGAUGCGGAGCCUUUGCAUCCGCUGUUGAGCGGUGCUGCCGAAGUGGAGGCGGACAGCAUCGAUGCGCUGCUCGAUGCGAACAUGCCUGCAAGGAAACCGCGACCUUUUGUGAGAAAGGGCGGCACUGCGGCAUGGUCCAACUUUCGCAAGGGCAAGACAUGA